AUGGCUAUUGUUAGCGCGACCUCGACAAUUCAGUCGGGAGCGCAACAAAGUUCUUGUCAAGAUGCCCCGACCUCAUGUACGCCUUGUAAUAAGGAAAACGUAGGUUGGAGGAGAAUUGUCAGGAACUUCACACCCUCAUGGUUUGCGGUUACAAUGGGAACGGGGAUAGUCUCAGUUCUCCUUCACAACCUGCCUUACAACGCAACAUGGAUCUCACAUGGUCUUGCCGGUGCCUUUUUCGUGCUCAACAUCGCUCUGUUUACCGUAUUCACCGUCAUCACAGUGCUGCGGUACGCAUUGUACCCCGAGAUCUGGAAGGCCAUGGUUGUACACCCUGCCCAGUCCAUGUUUCUUGGCUGUUUCCCUAUGGGGUUUGCCACCAUAAUCAACAUGAUGAUAUUCGUGUGUGCACCUGCCUGGGGCCAGUGGGUGGUGAAUUGGGCAUGGGCAUUUUGGUGGCUUGAUGCCGCUCUGUCAAUGGCAACAUGCAUUUCGGUGCCAUUCGUCAUGAUUCAUCAACACCGUCCGGGACUUCAGGCAGUAACAGCCGCAAGUCUUCUCCCAAUCGUCCCAGUCGUAGUCGCAUCUUCAACUGGCGGCAUCGUCGCCGAGGCCCUCUCAAACCCAUCUCACGCCUUCACAACCCUGAUCGCAUCCUACGUUCUCUGGGGUAUCGGCAUCUGCUUCUCGGGCAUGGUCCUCGCGCUCUACUUCCACCGCCUGACGAUCCACAGCCUCCCGCCCAAAGAGGCCAUCGUCUCCGUGUUCCUGCCCAUCGGACCCCUGGGGCAGGGCGGCUUCGGCAUCCAGCAGCUCGGAAAGGUGUCCCUGAAGCUCUUCCCCCAGACUGCGGCUCUGACGGUGGCGGCUCCGGAGGCGGUGCACGGCGGAGAGAUUCUCUACUUUAUCGGACUCUUCCUGGCGCUCGUCAUGUGGGGCUUCGCCCUCGUCUGGUUGUCGUUUGCUCUUAUCAGCCUUGCUACAAUGGAGAAGAUUCCUUUCAACAUGGGUUGGUGGGGGUUUACGUUCCCGCUGGGCGUGUUGGCGACCUGCACCGGCAUGCUGGCCCAGGACUUGGACAGCCCCUUUUUCAGGGUCAUGACCAUGGUUUGUCUCCCUCUCGUGCCUGUCGAUGAUUAUCCGUCCGGUUUUGCUGAUCUCUCCUGGCAGAUCUUCUCGCUCUCUGUAUGCUUCCUCUGGCUGCUGGUUGCGACAAGCAAGCGCAGGCAGGAUCGGAUAGAAGAGUUUGAACAACUGAAUCGACAUGAAAAACCAAAAUCAACAGCGACUCAGUCUCAUGCUGAGCAAAUGGUUGCCUCCAUGGGCACAACUGGGUCUAUUCCCUGUACACCAGUCAAGCUCCCGUGCGGUCUCUUGACCAAUGCCCUCCAGCCGGCCGAGGUGCCAUUCAAUGCCAAUGGUCAGCAACUGGGGAACCCCAAAGACGCUAAUGGCGGGGUCGAUGAGCCCAUUUCGCACACCCCGCCACUGCUCAUGUGCAACUUGAAAGAAAUCACAACCUCAAGGCGCGUUCCUCCAAAAACACCAAUGGCUUCCACUCUUCAGCCCGUAGGCUUCAAGGCCAUGUUGAACGGUGAGUUGGCUCUUCUUGCCUUUGACAUCCACGAUGUUUGGCAGCAAGUUCGCAUACCUGUGAUCUUGUUCACGGCCUUUGGACUCUUGAUUCUGCGCUUCUACCUCCAUUCUAUCGAAGAGAAGAGCGAAUUGAAGGCCCUGCCCAAGGCCUACAAUAGAGAGAAGCCCGAGACGAAGCCUGUGGAGGAGACGAAGAAGAAGGAUGUCAAACCAAGCCCCCCGAGCCCUAUUGUCGAGUCGAAAGCGCCAAAGUCGAACGGACCCAAAAGGAUAAAAGGCGGAAUCGUCAAGCGAACUUCUUCUAACGACGCAAAGGGAGAGGCUCUGGUCCGCAAGGUCAGGCCUCUGGUCUUCUUUUCAAGCAUCACCGCAAACACGCCCAAGAUCGCAAAGGGGUAUGCAGAGGGUCUGGAGAAGGAGCUGCAAAAGGUCGCUGCGGAGACCGACUGCUCGUUCAUGGCUCCUGAGGUGCUGGAUCUUGCCGAGGUCGACUUUGACGACUAUUUCAUCACCCCGCCCAAGUCGGAAGAGGACCCCGCAGAUCUCUUUUACCUGUUCCUCCUGCCAAGCUACAACAUCGACACCAUCAACGACACCUUCUUGGAGCACCUUCAGGAGACCCACCAUGACUUCCGUAUCGACACCGCGCCGUUGUCCUCGCUGCUCGGAUACUCCGUCUUUGGCUUUGGUGAUAGGGAGGGCUGGCCGACGGAAGAGGAUGGAUUCUGUUUCCAGGCCAAGCAGGUCGAUAAGUGGAUGGCGAAGCUGACGGCCCGGAAGAGAGCCUUCCCUGUCGGAAUGGGCGACACGAAGAGAGACUACACUGAACGCUUGUCUGAAUGGUCCGAGGGCGUCGUCGAUGUUCUCGGCAUGCUGGCUAAGACUGGCAGCCUGGGAGAAGGACUCCCAGGAAGCGGUGCCCCUGAGGAAAGUGACGAUGAGUCUGCAGCUGAAGACGACGACGAGGUGUUGAUCGAGGACUCCGAAGUGAAGCCCGAGAAGCUCAAGAGCCGCAAGAACAUUGAUGACGUCGAAGACCUAGGGCGCAUCAUGAAGAGCUCCAACCCCGACGCAGCCACAAACGGCCGCGCAGCUAAAUCGGCAACGGCAACGGCUGGAGCAGCGGCGCCUAUAGCCGUGGACUUUACAACAUACGGCAAGACGGUCGCGAAGAAGACCCCUCUUAACGCCGCCAAGGAGAUGGUCCCCAAGAAUUCGCCCACGUACGCCUCGCUCACGAAGCAGGGCUACUCCAUCGUCGGCUCGCACUCGGGCGUCAAGAUCUGCCGUUGGACGAAAUCAGCCCUCCGCGGCCGCGGCUCCUGCUACAAGUACUCCUUUUACGGCAUCAACUCCCACCAGUGUAUGGAGACGACCCCGUCGCUCUCGUGCUCCAACAAGUGCGUCUUCUGCUGGCGCCACGGCACCAACCCCGUCGGCACGACCUGGCGCUGGGUCGUCGACCCGCCCGAGCUCAUCUUUGAUGGCGUCAAGGCGAACCACUACAACAAGAUCAAGAUGCUCCGCGGCGUACCCGGUGUCCGCGCCGAGCGCUUCGCCGAGGCCAUGCGCAUCCGGCACUGCGCCCUCUCCCUCGUCGGCGAGCCCAUCUUCUACCCUUACAUCAACGAGUUCCUCGGUAUGCUCCACGCCGAGCGCAUCUCCUCCUUCUUGGUCUGCAAUGCCCAGCACCCGGACCAGCUCGCCGCCCUAAAGGCUGUGACGCAGCUGUACGUCUCCAUCGACGCGUCCAACAAGGAGUCCCUCCGAAAGAUCGACCGCCCCCUGCACCGAGACUUCUGGGAGCGCUUCCAGCGGUGUCUCGACAUCCUCAGAGAGAAGCGCUUCAAGCACCGCACCGUCUUCCGCCUGACCCUGGUCAAGGGCUUCAACGUCGACGACGAGGUCGAGGGCUACGCGCAGCUUGUGGAGAAGGGCCUCCCUUGCUUCGUCGAGAUCAAGGGCGUCACCUAUUGCGGCACCUCGACAGCGUCCAACGCCGGCCUGAGCAUGUCCAACGUCCCCUUUUACUGGGAAGUCCAAGAGUUCGUGACGGCGCUGGAGAAGAGGCUCAACGAAAAGGGGCUCAAGUACGGCAUCGCCGCAGAGCACGCCCACAGCUGCUGCGUCCUGCUCGCGAGCGAUCGGUUCUACAAAGAUGGCAAGUGGCACCCGCGCAUCGACUACCAGCGCUUCUUUGAGCUGCUAGAGGAGCGGGGCGCCGACGGAGACUGGAAGCCCGAGGAUUACAUGGGCGAGGCGACGCCCGAGUGGGCCACCUGGGGCAAAGGCGGUUUCGACCCCAGAGAUGACAGAGUCGACAGGAAGGGCAGGAAAAUCGAGGCCUAG